CGAAUCGUACACAAACAAAUUAUUGAUGAAUUCCUCAAUAAGUUUUAGUCAUUUGCUAUGUUAAUGGAUGAAAAAUUAGAUGCGAUUCAGCCAUCGCUGUCAAAUUUUCAGCUGGUCCAAGUCAAACUAUUCGUGUGAAUAUCGAGAACCCUGUUUAACUGCCUAAAGCAAAUUAGACGAAACAUCCACCUUAUAUUGACAAUCGAAAUAUCAGCUCGUUGAUACUACUCUUAGAAACAUUCAUUGGGCACAUCUUUCAAUCAAAUCUAGAAGUUCAUUAUAUGGAAUCAUUAUCCUGUCUCAUUCUUUUGUCAUGGUGGAAUAUCGCUUUCGGGCAUUCGGAAUCUUAUCAAAUCAUAGCUUAUGAAUUAUAUAAUGUAUGGAUUCGUUUGAUUCCUCAAAUUGUUGAAAAAGCAUCAUUGAUUAUUGAUCAAUUCUCUAGUUAUCCUGAACAUUUAAACUUAUUUAUCAUAAAUCUUUUACGUAUCUACGUGGAUCAUAAUUUCCAAAAGGAAAAUGUAUGGAAGCUUUCUAAAGAUACCGCUUCUCAAAUGACUGGUAUUCAUGCAUCUGUAAAUAUGCAUGGUUUAAUUGGAAUUUACCGUAAAUCUAUUGAACAGUUGAAUAUUAAUAAUACAAAAAGUCUUUCAACUACAAAUACGCUAAGUCAAACUGUUUCUAUCAAUUCUACCUGCUUAGCCAUUGUGGAGGUUUUAAAGAGACUUGCACGCUUAGGUUUAGCUGACUGUUUGAAACAAAAUCCUGAUUUACCUAUUAUUUCAUUUGCUGACAAACAAAUUAUCGAACGUUUCAAUAUGGUUCGAGAUUAUUUACUUGUUCGAGCUUCUCGUUUAUUAGCUUAUGAAUUAGAGUCUAAUGUGAAUUGUAACUAUUUACCAAAACAAUUCACAUGUUUGGUACAUGUCACUGCACCGAAACAUUUAAUUUCUGAAUUGUUAAAUAUUUCACUAUAUAAAUCGGAAAAAAUUUCUCAGAGUAAAAAUUCUCAUAUUGAUUUAAUUUCUUGGACAUUGGAACAAAAGCUGAAUGUUACUGACUAUGCAUUCUGGUGUGUUACGUCCAUUGAUGUUAAGGAUAUUGAAGCUAUAAAUUACUUAUUGUCUCGUUUACUUCCGCAUGCUAAACUCUUAGCCAAAGAUCAUCUAUUCUGUUAUUCACUUAUACUGCAUCUUGAUCGUGUUCGUAAAGCUGCACUACCAGAUAAUGAACAUAUUAAGCUUCUUCGUGCUGUAUUUGAACAUCUGUCAAUAUCAAGUAAAUGUGAUCUAUUAACAACACUUCAAUCAUCAUUGAAAAAUUCUAAUCGAUCAACUCCAUUGCCUAAUUCAACUGUACACUUUCGAACACGUAUUCGUCAAUUAUUCAAUCGUUUGGUUGUUUCUGAUGUAAAUUCUGGUGAUGAUAAUUAUGACAAUAAUCAACAAGUGUUAAAUCUUUUCAAUAAAGAUUUUCUUCUAGAUUGUGAAUUGUUGUUAUUCACUAAUCCAGUGAGAUUUUUAGUCGAAUUAAUUCGUCUACCAGUCAAUCGUAAAUGUCCCCAUUCACUGAUUGCAGUUCAUCAACUUCUUGAUCAAUUAUUGUAUGUAUUUCAAGUUCCAAUUAAUUUUUCUACUGGAACAAGAUUUCUACCUGAAACGAACAAUGAUAAAUUUACGACGAAUUUAUCUGAACAACAAAUUGUGCAUAGUACAAUUUUUCAAGAAUUAAUUUUAAUCGAUUGGUCAAAUCGUAAAUCAUAUUUAGACAUUUCAUUAUUUGGUCAUGAAGAUCUUUAUGAUGAAUUAAAUAAUGGAAAUUUAUUCAAUGUAAAUUUCCAAUAUGAAGAGGAAAAGAAAAGAAGCGACUUAUUAAACAAUAAUAAACUAUAUCAAUUUAAUAUGUCUGAAGAAGUAUGGUCAAGUUCUAAAUUAGCAGAAAACCCUCUGUUGAAUACUAUCGUUUAUCUAUUUAAAAAGCCAAAUUGUUUCAUUCAAAUAAACAACAUUAUGAAAUAUUUCUUAACGCUUGUCGAAAACAAUGUCAUGAAUAAAUCAUCUUCUCAUAUUGAUCAUUUAACGUCUACAACUCAUACUACUAUCAAUACUACUACUAAUAAUAUAAUUGAUAAACAGCAUACUUCUAUUCAACAUAUACAUAUUCGAUUAUUUAUUCAUAUAUUAUUUUUACUUAUAAAAGAUACAUCUAUUAUUCAACUUUUAAAUAAAAUUAAUUUAAAUGAAUUCAUGGAACAAAUUAUUCAAUUGUUCAAUAUUCUAUUUUUAAAUCAAGUGAACAUUAAUAAUAAUAAUAAUAAUAAUAAUAAUAAUAAUAAUAAUACAAUUUGUCACUAUCUUAUUUCAAAUGAAAUGGAUAUUAUACUAUUUGAAUUAAUUCAUUAUUGUUGUUUUUAUCAAGAUAACAAACAAUUAAAACAAUUAGAACAAUUAAAACAAAUUAAAAAUAAUCUUUUACUAAUUUAUAAAUUCAAACAAACGAUUCAAAAUUCAAUGAAUAUAUAUAAUUGGUAUAAACAAAGAUGUUUAUAUUUGUUUAAUAUUAUAUUUAUUUCAUCAAUUGAAUCAUUAAAAACUAAUCUCAUAGGAUCUCCAAGUGAAGUUAUUAAUCAAUUAGAUAAUAUUAAUAAAGAAGAUAAUAAUGAUAAUAUUAAUGAAUAUUUGAAAGAGAUUCAACAAUUGAAAGAUAAAAUUUUAGAUUUAUCCAUUGAAAUCAAUGAAAUACAAAUGAAUUCAUUAAAAUAUUUAAUGGAUAUUGAUUUAUUUUAUGAAAAUACUCGCAUACAAUUCAAAGCUAUUUCCGUUGUUCCAUCAUUAACAGAACAAACAGAAGAUUUCAAUUCACUGUUAUCUUCAAAUACAGUGGUUAGAGAAAAUUAUAUAAAAAGUCAAAUGGUGAUAUCACCACGUUUACUAUAUUUCAUUUGUGAGCUAGCCACUGUUUCUAAUACAUUAUGCAGUGAAGUAUUAAAAUCAAUCGUAAAUCAGUCAUUGAAAUCUAAUGGUCAGUUACGGGAUCACAUAUCAAAAAUUAGUUCUGGUCAUUUGUUAAUUGCUAUUCAAUUGUUUCUUAGGAAAAUUGUCAAAUCAAGACAGUGGAAAUGCUGGGAACGAUUAUACUUUCUAUUGUAUAAAUUACUCAAAGCUGGUGUAUUAGUUUAUCCUGUACCGAACUUAAUUAGUGACAGUCAAGAGACAAAUGAUAAUACGCCUUCAAGAUUAUUCUACUUAUUGGAUUGGAGUAAACUUUGUGGUUCAUUCGAUCUCUUAACAUUAACAUCAGAUCUAUUCAAUUUAUGGUGUAUGUCAUUGGAAAUCCCAUAUAGUCAAUUAUUAGAUCCUUUUCAAUCCACCAAUCAUCUCUCUCAUGAUACUAGCGACAAACUAUAUCAUCGAAAUACUGAAUUUUACAUUCUUUGCCAUUCAUUAUGUGAUUUAGUCUCGUGUUUAUCCUCAGUCAUUUCUUUAUAUUCAAAUAAAAACAUUAACCAGAUUUGUAAUAAUGAUAACAAUAACAAUAAUGACUGUGAUACUGUAAAUAGUGAUGAUGAUAUUAUCUCUUCAUUAAAAACUAAUCAAUCUAUACAAUAUAGUAAACAAUUAACUAUCAAUUUACUUGAUCAAUUAUCAAAUCGUUUGUCGAAUAAUCUGAUCUCGAACUUAUUAAUCAAAUCAAAUUCACAAUUGAAUGUUUCAAAUGAAUUGAAUCGACUGAAACAGACAAUUUUAUUGGUAAAAGAUUUAAACAGAACUUAA